UUCCUCUGUGGGAUCUCCAGCACUCACAAUCCGGUGGGGUGUGCGAUUGUGGCCGGUCUGCUUCACUUCUUCUUCUUGUCUGCGUUCUGCUGGAUGCUGCUGGAGGGGGUUCAGCUCUACCGGAUGGUUGUGCUGGUGUUUCACACCACAUUAAAGCAUCUCUACAUGUAUCUGGUGGGAUACGGGGUCCCUCUCGUCAUCGUCACCGUCUCUGCCAUCGCCUUCCCAGCGGGAUACGGCACCGAGCGACACUGCUGGCUCGCUCUCGAUCGUUAUUUUAUCUUGAGUUUCUUCGCGCCCGUCUGCAUCAUUGUGAUCCUCAAUGGUUUUGUCUUCGUCAUCACCGUCUGGAAACUGGCCAGAAAGUUCUCCAGCCUCAAUCCAGACCUCUCCAAACUCAACCAGAUCAGGAGCUUUACGGUGACCGCUGUGGCUCAGUUGUGUAUUCUUGGAGGAACGUGGAUCUUCGGCUUCUUCCUCUUCCAGGAGAAAGGGACUGAAGUCAUGUUGUACCUCUUCAUCAUCCUCAACAGCCUGCAGGGGGCGCUCAUCUUCAUCAUGCACUGCCUGCUGUCCAAACCGGUCAGGACGGAGUAUUACAAUCUGUUUGUCCGAGUGUGUCCACACAAGAGGAAAGCCGAACACAGAACCAGUACCAGCCAGACCAGCAGCAGUCAGAAACCUCUACAGAGCGACAACAGCACAGCAGAGUCACAGAUGUAAAGCGCUUAUCAUGUGCUGAUUUUACAAACUUUUGAACACUUGAACGCUUUCUGUGACAAAUGAAGACUUUUCAGUUCAACAGGGGGUCAUCAGUUCGUCCUACUUAUUUUUUUCCAAUCAGAAGAUCUGAAAACGUCUUUGCAUUUGUAAGAAUACUGAUAAGGAAUCAUCAUAUGGCGUGUGCAUCACAUAUUUUACUGGAGACUGAGUUAUACGCCUGUCAUGGGAACAUCUAAAAUAGAAAAAUUAGAAUAAAAAAUUAGAAUAAGCUAAAUAUUUAGGUGGCUUUGGUUUUUCUGCUAUGCAUGUAGAAAAUCUUGCAUUUUAGGUUAUGCAAAAGGCAGCUUCUUUAAAAUGAUACAUGCUUUAUUGUGUUGAGGGUGAUCUUGUUUUGGCUGUCACAAAACUGUAUAAAGACUGUAAAAAAAAAAACUCUAGAAAUAGUAGAAGUACGAGAAAUUAAAGUGAAACUCUACUUUGGUUUUAAACAGGAGAGAGUUUAUUAUGUUGGCUUUAAAAUACAUACAUGAUCUAAUCAGAGAUGCUGUUAUUAUAAAACUUAAUGAUAAAG